AUGCGCCCUGCUGUUGCCAUCGCCAUCAUUCUUCUCGCUUUUGUUACUAUCGCAUAUAAAUUCUACGGGAUUCGUUAUGUCGACACCACGACCGCUAUACCUGAGGAACUCUACCCCUCCGAACAUGCCUCACUCUCCAAGACACCUCCUCACAAAGGGAGUGAGGAUAGCAAACAUGAUUCCCAACCUUCUCAUCCUUCAGUAUCUCCCCCGAAAGGGAAUCCCUCAGCUACAGGGAAAGAUUGGGACCCCAGUGAGACGUACCAUGAAGUGUUUUCCGUGUCUACUAAAGACAAGAAGUUCUUUUAUCUCCAAUUCGGGGAUCAGAGGGGAAUCAAUCCCAAUAUCAUCCCACAUCCUACAGAAAACGACACUUGGAUCAUGGUCUCGCAGUGGCAUAAUGACCGCAUCCGGGAUGGGGCUUACUCCUUUUUCUUCUCCCAGAUAGCCUGCAAUGCUGUGUUCGAAGAUGGAAAGUUGGUAUGCAAUAGUGUUGUAACCAACUUGCCCAUCGCGGCCACGACUGGACCACAUGAACUCUGUGCAGAUCCGGACAAAGUCCCUGCAUAUUUUGGCUUGAGCCUUGGAUCUCACGAUGCGAGGUUAUUUUACGGUCCUGAAACACCGUAUGUUUUGUACGGCUCAAUCUCAAUGUAUACAUGCUUUUCGCAAUGGAUGCUGGAUUUUAGGAUCUUGGUGGAUUGGCCCUGGAAUAUGGCGGAGCUUAAGGAAGCCUAUUCGAACCCAUGGCCUUUUCGAGAAGCGACGGAGAUUGAGAGACCACCGCCCUUUGGCAUCAUCGAGAAGAACUGGUUCGUCUUUUGGGAUUCCAAGGAUGAGAUGUAUAUGCACAUGGACAUCGCACCCAAACGAAGCUUUGCCAAGUUCGACAUGGAUGGGAAGAUGGGGAAGAAUCUAGAACCCAUGGCCUUCUCGACGGAUGAGAGGUGUAUCGACGAACUCAUGCCAAAAGCCCCCCGCGCCGAAGAGCAUCUAGAGGACAUCCACCAAGCCACCAACUCCCUCAAAAUCACCCUCUGCGUCCGCGCCGACCCGGACUGCAAACCCGACGACACCAAUACAUUCAUCAUGGCCAUCUUCCACCACAAGACCUUUUUCGACUGGCACGGCGUCUACGACCCGUUCGUCCUCCUCUUUCAACAAUCACCCCCCUUCGCCAUCCACGGCGUCUCGCAGAAACCCAUCUGGUUCCAUGGCAGAGGCGGGCCGGGCGAGGGGAGAAAACCGGAUUUUAGACCGGAUGAUAUGCCGUGGAAUCAGACGCAGAUGCUGUUCACGACCAGUAUCUCGUGGAAACAGCAGGGGUUGACGUAUCAUGGGUAUCUGGAUGAUGUGAUGUUUGUGGGUUUUGGGGUGGAGGAUCGGGAUACCGCUGCGAUUGAUGUUAUGGCGGGGGAUCUGUUGGGGGGGAUGGCGCUUUGUGGGAGUUUGAUUGAUUGA